GAGGCCAGGUGUCGCGCUGGUUACGCUCCGCGCUGCCACGUCUUGUCCGUGCUGGCAGCUUGCCGUUUUCUGAUAAGGUCCAACGGCCUGCUUUAGCUGUGAGCUCAGCGGAGGGCAAGUAUUUGAUCUUGCUCCUGCUUCUGCUUCACCACAUGCACAACACGCUAUAGUUAGAAGGCUAGAACUAAGUAGGUUUGUUACCGACACAAAGGAGGAGGAGGAGGAAGCUGCAGGAGCAACAGCGAUGGGGUCGGAGACGUUCCUGGAGAUCCUGCUGGCCAUCCUGCUGCCGCCGCUCGGCGUCUUCCUCCGCUACGGCAUCGGGGUGGAGUUCUGGAUCUGCCUGCUGCUCACCAUCCUGGGCUACAUCCCGGGCAUCAUCUACGCCGUCUACGUCCUCGUCGCCUGAUGACGGGGAGCAGAUUCAGGCCGCCCGCCCGGCGGGGGCCGGCACCGCCGCUCUGGAGUCUGGUCCAUCCACCGCCACAAAUGGAGCCGCCUGUAGGCUUUGUAUAGCAUUAGCUGCUGCUUCUCUUGUCCCCUGACCCAAUCCAUUUGCUGUGCCAUGGAUUUGGGAAAGCGGCGAGCUUGAUGAAUGUGCCAGCCAAAUUUAAGUCUGUGGUCAUCUUUUCAGACAUGGAUUUGUAGUGUACUAGUACAUCUGAUGGUGCAAGGAGAUGCAAGUAGAGAUGCAGUGCAAGGUUUGCUUGUGCCAUGGAUGAAUCAGUCGUGCUAGUGUUCUUCUACUGCAAUAGUGGUGUAAUCGCCGUCGGUUUUAAUCUCA